CGAAUAUGCAACCGGUGUUUACAUUGUAACAGGUACAUCGUGUUUGUACAUGUACGUACCGCGUGUACAUGUAUUGUACGGUUUUGCUACCCAACCCAAUACGAAAAGCCCGAGUUCACUGAAGAACCCUGCUUGCUUUUGAGAACAAAGUUACACUGCUUUUGAGUAUCGAGAAUAUGUCUGACGAGGCAGAAGUGCCCAUCGAAACUACACCACUGGCCACACCAGGUAGCCCACUGACGGCUACAGAGAAGCCCGAUAAAGCAGUGGGAAACAAAUCAGCCAAGAAAUCCCCACGGAAUAAGCCAGCAAAAUCCCCCCGUGGUCCUCCAGAGCUAACCCACGAAGAACUAGCUGAAAAAGAGAAGAAUUUUUUGCUGGACUGCAUAGCCGUGGACUCCAUUGCCAAGGACUAUUCCCACUGCCAGCCGAAACUUGGGCCGGCGAUUCCCCCCUAUAAUUCACAAAAAGACAAGCAUGUAAAAGUGUAUUUUGCCAGAGAGCAGGUUGAUGAAACCCUACGGAAGACAAAACAGGACAAAGGUGGCUGCUCCAUUGAUGGGCCUGUAAUUGACAGAUUCAUUGAAUCAGGGGCUGGCUACAGAUAUUUGCAUGCACGGAAUGCAGCACCUGGGUCAGCUAAAGCUGGUCACUCAACCGAGCAGGUCAAUGGACAUGGUCAGUUCCUGUCAGAUGCCAAGCCAAUAUUUGGAUUCAAUGGAGAGUAUGGAUACCGGCGUAACACCCCUUGGCUCAGAAAGAUGCCUUCACCAUUUGGCAUUGACCCUCGGUCUCCUACACAGUAACACUAAUGUUCAUAAACGGGUGGCUUUUACUCAAGUUCACUUAAUAUCUUGGUUUUUUAAAACCCACACGUUCGAAGGCAUUUCAAUGAAAUUAUCGGACUCAUGUGGAUAAUUAUGACAAAAAUGUCAUCAUAAUUCAUAUUUUCCUUCGUUUAAGUUUUGCUGGUGCAAGCUAAGUUGUUUAGAAGUUAUUGUAAUCUCGAAGGCUUGUUAAACAUCAGUUUGGAAGUGAUGUUGCCUUGAGUAUGACAAGUUUUCGGUUCAAACAUUACUAAUUUUUCCCCAGUGUCGUUUUUCCAUCACUUAGUGCCAGGCAGACUGCAAAGGAACAAUUGCGAAUUUACAAAUGAACCAGAACAAGCCGUUUUGCAUGCGAGUUCAGGACAAGAAGAAAGUUGUACGUACUGUAUCUCUGAUUCUAUACAGGCUAUAAAACUGGGUCAGCCAUAGGGGCUGUUAAUCUCCAAGGUUAAAAUCUGAAAAUGUACAUGUGUAAAGCAAGAUUUGAGCUGUGAACGAAUUCUUAAGAGUUUGUCGUGUAUGCUAUAGUUGUAACAUUUGAUGAAAAGUUGUCUUAUCCUAAAUUCCACAUGUAAAUAACUUUUAAUACCACACUCUACUUGAAGUUUUAAUAUGAAACACUGCACGAAAGACAAGAAAAAGGACGGCAUCUUUAACAAUGUG